UAAUUGCUUGCAAUUUGCUACACAUGAGACCUUUCAUUUCUUCCCGAUUAAUGUGGUAAACAGUAGUCAGUUGGUAUUUUUGUUUCUUGUGGAUCGGUUCGAAAAGAAUUACUAUAUCAAUCGCGAAUAUGUCGCGAAGUAUUUUUGGGGCAGUAAACGUUACAGCAUCACAAGCCACCGCCUUGAAGGGGGUAAUACGGAAUAGCAGUUAUGUUAUUCCUGGCGUUUACGAUCUUAGCACAGAGGAUACAAAUUGGGUGCUGACUUCGUCCUUUAUUAUCUUCACAAUGCAAACUGGAUUCGGUAUGUUGGAAUCAGGCUGCGUCUCAAUCAAAAACGAAGUGAACAUCAUGAUGAAAAACGUUAUCGAUAUCGUCCUCGGCGGAUUCACCUACUGGCUCUUCGGCUACGGGAUGUCCUUCGGACGCGGGCCACUUUCGAAUCCAUUCAUAGCCAUCGGUGACUUCCUUCUAGAUCCACCGGUUGGAGAUCCAUUGAUGGGACAAAUCUUUGCAGCAUUUCUAUUUCAACUCUCAUUUGCCACGACAGCGACAACAAUCGUGAGCGGAGCUAUGGCUGAAAGAUGUAACUUUAAGGCAUAUUGUUUAUUCUCGUUUCUGAAUACGGCAGUCUACUGCAUACCAGCGGGUUGGGUGUGGGGCGAGCAUGGAUUCUUGAACAAUUUGGGGGCAGUUGAUAUUGCAGGGAGCGGACCUGUGCAUUUAAUAGGUGGAGCUUCAGCCUUCGCUUCGGCCGCAAUGCUGGGCCCUCGAUUGGGCAGAUAUUCAGAAGGAAUUAGUCCAUUGCCACUGGGAAAUCCGGUCAAUGCUUGUAUGGGAUUGUUCGUUCUAUGGUGGGGCUGGUUGGCCUUCAAUUCCGGAAGCACAUACGGUGUUAGCGGAUCUAAGUGGCAAUAUGCCGCUCGUGCGGCUGUUAUGACCAUGAUGGGAUCAUUCGGAGGUGGUGUGGUUAGUGUCUUCUAUUCUCUGUUUCUGAACGACGGCCGAUUAGAUAUAAUCGACUUGAUAAACGGAAUUCUAGGAUCACUAGUCUCAAUCACCGCAGGAUGUUUUCUGUACAACGCAUGGGAAGCGCUUCUCAUUGGAAUGUUAGGAGCGUUGUUAGCUUGUUUGACUAUGCCUCUUUUUGAUCGGAUGGCAGUAGACGAUCCAGUUGGGGCGAGCAGCGUUCACGGGGUGUGCGGAAUCUGGGGUGUUAUAGCUGUAGGACUAUUCGCAGACAAUCCUAUUCCACUGGGAACCACAAAUGGUCGUUCAGGAUUAUUCAAAGGCGGCGGCUGGUAUCUCCUCGGAGUGCAAUCUCUGGCAGCUCUUUGCCUAGCAUGCUGGGGGGUCUGCUCAACAGUCCUUCUUCUUUGGUUCAUCAACAAAAUUAUCCCGAUUCGAAUGGAUCCUAAUGAAGAACUUCUCGGAGCUGAUUUAAUGGAACAUAGAAUCCGACAUUCUCAAAUCGGUCUUUCUCGUGCCAUUUCCGCACUGGCCCCAUUACAAGUGGAUCUCAGUGAAGUUGCUGGAAUUCAACCAAUCGGCUUGAAUCCAGGACAUGAACGAGGUUUGGCAGAACUUCGAGCAGCUGAAGAUAAAUUGAAUCAGUGGCAUGCAUAUGUGAAUAGGAUGACGCCGAAACGACGCUCCCAAAAAGCAAGUGGUUCAGCGCUUAUAACCAAGUCGGCUGUGGGGAAGAAGGGGCUUGUAUCCGGAAAUAUUCUUACAAGAAAAUUUAAAGGUAAAAAGUCAAAGAAAUCACAACAUGCUGACAAUUUUAUAGCUGGUGGUACGUAUAAACAGAAUAAUAAUGACAUUUCAACAAUAUCAAAUGUGAAUAAUGAUGCGAAAGUUGAACCCACUUUUGCCUGGGUAGAUUGAAACUCUGUGAAUUUGGCAAGAGGUUCUAAUUGUAAAGAACGCUAGGAUAAUUAGUAUAAACUUGAGAGAAAAGAUUAAGAAAAAAAAUCUAUAGAAACUCAGAUGAUGUACAUAUUUGGAUUAGUGCUACCAAGUAAAGACAACUUUUUGUUCAAACAGUAAUCAGCGAAUAAGGUGCAAAAAGUACGCAUAAAUUGCGUAAA